AUUUCACUUCAUUUUCAAAUCUUCACCCAGUAAAUUCUUCUCCAUAAAUGGUCGUCCCCACGACGCAGGAGAAUAAAGGAGCUCCGAGAAUAAAUCAUUGAAGUGUUCGAUCUGGCUACGUCUCACGAGAAAGACGACUACAAAACUAUUUGUUCUCCUCGCCGCCAUUCCUUCCUUGAGACGGAAAGAAGUACGUCGGCAAUGACGCUGUUCACAUUCCUCCCCAAGUACAAACUCUGCGCGAACUCCUCUGUAUAUAUUAGAAGAAUAGAGCCAUACCACGUCGAAGAAUAUAUGGCAGCUCCCUAGCUCUGAGGCUGUAAAGAAGACAAACAAUUCUAUUGUUCUGUAAGAUGGAAAGGAAGCCACGACCUUAAUCUGUUUUAGCUCUUCAAUUAUUUUGUGUUGCGGUAAACUUCAGACCGCCUCUUGCCUCUCUCUGUUAGAGAGAUGGAGAAUCUCUGGUCUAUGUUCUGCGGCACACCAGAUUGCAUCCAUCAGAAUGGGACGCCAUGUAUUACUAAUUUGGUCUUUGAUACCCAUCAUUCCUCUUGCAUCAAUAAUCUGUUGACCAUAUCUUUUGAUGUGGUUCUUUGCCUCAUCCUUCUUUUCUCUUUACUGUCCAAGUCAACAUCAAAACCUGUGAGCAAUUGUGGCAUUGGUCGUCUGCGGUUGAUAUGUUCCACCUUUAAUGGCUUAGUAGGUGUGAUAUAUUUGUCACUGGGUGUUUGGAUUUUACAAGAGGAAUUGAUGAAAACCAGAGGCGUGUUGCCUAUGCAUUGGUGGUUACUAUUAUUGUUUCAUGGAAUUACUUGGCUAACAUUCAGUUUGACUGUAACCCUCCAUGGAAAGCAUUUUUCAGAACCCUCAGUCAAGCUCCUGACCUUUUUUGCCUUAUUAUUUGCUGGAAUUUCUUUUUGUUUCUCCAUUGUCAUUGCUAUUCUUCACAAAAAAGCAAGACUGGAGAUAGGUUUAGAUGUAUUGUCUGUCAUAGGAGCAAUUUUGUUGUUCUUAUACACUUACAAGAGCUCUAGAUUUGAAGAAAAUGAUCUUUAUGCUCCGUUAAGUGGUAGAGACAAAGUUGAACCUGUACUAUCUGUGAGUAAGUUUGCAGAAGCUGGGACUUUGAGUACAAUCACAUUUUGGUGGUUGAAUCCACUAUUGAAACUAGGGAGGGAGAAAACUCUUGAGGAUGAAGACAUACCCAAAUUGCGUAAGCUGGAUACGGCAGAAUCGUGCUACUUGAUGUUUAUGGAACUACUGAAUAAACAGAAAGAGAUGGUACCUUCGGCCCAACCUUCAAUCCUGAGGACAAUAGUCUUGUGCCACCAGAAGGACCUCUUUGUAUCAGGAUUUUUCGCAUUCUUGAAGAUCAUUACAGUUUCUGCUGGUCCUAUGAUUCUUAAUGCCUUCAUUGAGGUUGCUGAAGGAAGCCCAAGUUUUAAAUAUGAGGGAUUUGCAUUAGCUGUACUGCUUUUCAUUUCAAAGUGUUUGGAAUCUUUGUCACAAAGGCAGUGGUACUUCAGAAGUAGACUAAUUGGUUUGAAAGUUAGGUCAUUACUUACAGCAGCCAUAUAUAAGAAGCAAAUGAGUUUAUCUAAUGCUUCAAAGCUAACCCACUCUAGUGGUGAGAUUAUGAACUAUGUCACCGUUGAUGCUUAUCGUAUUGGUGAAUUUCCAUUUUGGUUACAUCAAGUAUGGACUACAAGUCUUCAGCUCUGCUUUGCACUUGCAAUUCUCUUUCAGGCAGUAGGGCUUGCGACUUUUGCUGCUUUGCUAGUAAUAAUACUAACAGUACUGUGCAAUGCCCCCCUUGCAAAAUUGCAACAUAAAUUCCAGUCAAAGCUGAUGGAUGCACAAGAUCAAAGGCUUAAGGCUAUGUCCGAAGCGCUUGUGAAUAUGAAGGUUCUGAAGUUGUAUGCAUGGGAAACUCAUUUGAAAAAUGCCAUUGAGGGUUUAAGGAAAGUAGAAGAGAAGUGGUUAUCAUCUGUUCAGAUGCGCAAAGCAUAUAAUAGCUUUCUAUUUUGGUCCUCACCUGUCUUAGUCUCAACAGCUACUUUUGGAGCUUGCUACUUUCUAGGAGUUCCAUUGCGUGCAAGCAAUGUCUUCACCUUUGUAGCAACUCUCCGCCUGGUUCAAGAUCCUAUUAGAACGAUUCCUGAUGUUAUUGGCAUAGUGAUUCAGGCUAAAGUUUCAUUUGAAAGAAUUGUCAAAUUUCUCAAGGCUCCGGAACUCAAUAAAGUUAAUGUGAGACGGAAGCAUAGCGCACACAGCCCUGCAAGUUAUGCAAUAUGUCUCAGAUCAGCCAAUCUUUCAUGGGAAGAAAAUCCUCUGAAAUAUACACUUCGCAACAUUAAUCUGGAUGUUCGGCCGGGCGAUAAGAUUGCUAUCUGUGGGGAGGUGGGCUCAGGAAAAUCUACUCUUCUGGCAGCAAUUCUCGGAGAAGUUCCAUGCAUCAAAGGAAUUAUUGAGGUAUAUGGGAGAAUUGCCUAUGUCUCUCAGUCAGCAUGGAUUCAGACAGGAAGCAUUAGAGAUAAUAUUCUUUUUGGUUCUUCAUUGGAUAGCCAGAGGUACCAGGAAACCUUGGAGAAAUGCUCACUGAUAAAGGAUCUUGAGUUACUUCCUUAUGGUGAUCUGACUGAAAUAGGAGAGAGAGGAGUUAAUCUUAGUGGUGGUCAGAAGCAACGUAUCCAACUUGCUCGUGCUCUAUAUCAAGAUGCUGAUGUCUAUCUGUUGGAUGAUCCAUUCAGUGCUGUUGAUGCGCAUACUGCUACAAACCUAUUCAAUGAAUAUGUCAUGGGAUCGCUCUCAAGGAAGACUGUUUUGCUUGUCACCCAUCAAGUUGAUUUUCUUCCCGCAUUUGAUGCUGUCCUGCUGAUGUCAGAUGGAGAGAUUUUACAAGCAGCUCCUUAUCACCAGUUAUUGGCGUUGAGCAAAGAAUUUCAGAGACUGGUGGCUGCACAUAAAGAGACUGUUGGUUCAGAAAGACUUUCAGAGGUGACUUCUUCACAAAGGAGUGAAAUGUCUACACGAGAUAUUGAAAAGGUCCAACUCGAAACCCGAGCUAAAGAUUCUCAAGGGGAUCAGUUAAUUAAGAAAGAAGAAAGGGAAGUAGGAGACCUUGGACUAAAGCCUUAUUUGCAGUAUCUAAGUCAGAACAAGGGCUACUUGUUCUUUUCCUUAGCUGUUCUGUCACACAUUAUAUUUGUGAUCGGACAAGUGUUACAAAACUCAUGGAUGGCUGCAAGUGUUGAAAACUCUAAAGUUACGACGUUGAAGCUAAUUGCAGUUUACUUGCUAAUUGGAGUCCUCUCAAUGAUAUUUUUGCUCAUCAGAUCUAUAUCGACAGUUACUCUGGGUUUGCAAUCAUCACAUUCUCUUUUCUCGCAGCUCAUAAAUUCUCUUUUUCGUGCUCCGAUGUCAUUCUAUGACUCCACACCAUUAGGGAGGAUACUCAGCCGGGUGUCUGUUGACUUGAGUAUUGUUGAUCUAGAUGUUCCUUUUAACUUGAUUUUUGCAAUUGGAGCAACCGUAAACUUUUAUUCUAAUCUGAUAGUGCUAGCCUUCGUUACAUGGCAAGUAUUGUUUGUCUCCAUACCAAUGGUGUAUCUUGCCAUUCAGUUACAGAGAUACUACUUUUCCUCUGCCAAAGAAUUGAUGCGAAUUAAUGGGACCACCAAAUCAUUUGUGGCAAACCAUUUGGCUGAAUCUCUAGCUGGAUCAAUAACAAUCAGGGCUUUCGAACAGGAGGAUAGAUUCUUUGCGAAGAACCUCAAGCUAGUUGAUGUUAAUGCCAGUCCCUUUUUCCACAACUUUGCAGCAAAUGAGUGGUUGAUUCAAAGGCUAGAAGUAAUAAGUGCAACUGUUCUUGCCUCAUCUGCACUUUGCAUGGUUUUGCUUCCACCUGGGACUUUCAGCUCAGGUUUAAUUGGGAUGGCAUUAUCUUAUGGUCUAUCGCUAAACAUGUCCCUAGUUUUUUCCAUCCAGAACCAAUGCACCAUAGCAAAUUAUAUCAUUUCCGUGGAAAGAUUAAAGCAGUACAUGCAUGUACCAAGCGAAGCCCCUGAGAUCAUUGAAAAGAAUCGCCCUCCUAUCAAUUGGCCGACGAAGGGUAGAGUGGAAAUUCAAAAUUUGCAGAUCCGGUACGGGGAAGGUAGCCCACUUGUUCUACAAGGAAUUAGUUGUACCUUUGAGGGAGAACACAAGAUUGGCAUUGUAGGUAGGACAGGGAGUGGGAAGACUACACUUAUUGGCGCUCUCUUCCGUCUUGUAGAGCCAGCAGGUGGUAGGAUUGUUGUGGAUGGAAUUGAUAUAUCUAAGAUCGGACUUCAUGAUUUGAGGUCUCGCUUUGGGAUUAUUCCCCAAGACCCUACCCUUUUCCAUGGAACUGUGAGAUACAAUCUAGAUCCACUAUGUCAACACACAGACCAGCAAAUAUGGGAGGUCCUUCAGAAGUGUCAGCUCAAAGAGGCUGUGGAGGAGAAAGAGAAACGGCUCGAUUCAUUGGUUGUAGAAGAUGGAUCAAACUGGAGUAUGGGGCAGAGGCAGUUGUUUUGUCUUGGCCGAGCUUUGUUAAGAAAAAGCAAGAUAUUGGUGCUCGAUGAAGCCACUGCAUCAAUUGACAAUGCCACAGACAUGAUUCUGCAGAAAACGAUCAGGACCGAAUUCACUGAUUGUACUGUCAUCACGGUUGCUCACAGAAUACCCACUGUUAUGGAUUGCACAAUGGUACUUUCCAUCAGUGAUGGGAAACUUGUGGAGUAUGAUGAACCCAUGAAGUUAAUGAAGAAAGAAGGAUCGCUGUAUGGACAACUUGUCAAAGAAUAUUGGUCCCACUACCACUCUGCACAAUCACCCUAUUAAACUUAAUUUUCUUUUCUCUAUCACUCUAUCUUGCCUCUCUACUUCCAUCCCAUGGCGGCUCUGUCCCCUGGGAAAAAAAAUCAGAGUAUUAUGUGAAAUGAAGAUGUAUAUUACUACGUGCAUAGUACUCGUUAAUCUCCUGUGUGCCCUGCACCAAAUUAAUCCUAUUUUUCUUUUUAUGAAAGAAAUUUGUGGGUGGUAUUAUAAUUAGUUUGCUCAUCGGCAGUGGCGGAUCUUGCCAACAAAUUCG